AUGGCUGACUUCUGCAAAGUCGAAUCGAACGAAUAUGACCAGAUCCAGUGCUACGGAUGCCGAGCGAUAGGAAAGCUCUUUCUUGAGCAAAGGCGGGACGAGACGGCAGUAUGUGGACCGAUACUGUUUCAUCGGAGCUACCAGGAGCUUGCCAAGUGUGCUAGUAGAUCAAGAUGUGCCGCUUGUCAGGUCAUCCAGAGAGGGUUGCUUCUGGAGCAGAUCACGGUCGAGGAAGCGGUUGAGAUCAACGAGAGCCAAGGAGCAGUCUAUGCCACGGUGAGGAAGCAUGGGGAUGAUGUGCUUCUCGAGGUCACUCUUGAGCAUACUGCUAAUAAGUCCUCGACUGCUACCAUCAUCUGCACCAGCAAUCAUGAGAUCACAACUAACAUCCAAGGCGUCGUCAAUGGAGCAGAUUGGAAACAGCUGCGAGGUUGGCUCUCUGGAUGUGACAACAAGCACUCUUGUCGAAAGUACAGAUGGUCAAACAGGAAUCCAUCCUGGUUGAUCCAAGUCCUGCCACGGGAUCGUGUCCGACUCAUCAGGGGCUCGGAUGCGGGUGGACCAAAUGAUGAGCUUGUUGACUAUGUUGCUCUCAGCUAUUGUUGGGGUAAUCAGAAGACCAUCUCUGAGAAAGAUCCCGAGGGCUGGGAGCGUGUCAAGCGUGCUCAUACUCAGGUCUUGGCCAAGGAUCAUCCGGUCAUGGAACGACUGCGUCCGUUUCCGAGAGAUGACUAUCCUGAGACCAUCAGAGACGCCAUCAAGAUCACUGAGCAGCUGGGCUUGAAUUACCUGUGGGUCGACAGUAUCUGCAUCCCAGAGCUCAGCGAAUGGGACGUUGAAGCCACCAAGAUGCACGAGGUCUAUGGCAAUGCGUACUUCACGCUGUUCGCAUGCUCUGCGGACAAAGCCAUUGAUCCGCUCUUCACUCCUCGCGAGGCUUGGAAACAUCCCGUCAAAGCAUGUCGACUCUACGGAUACUGGUUGGCGAAUCGCGAUCCAACCUUGGCGGAAGUCAGACUGCAAAACCCCCUAUCUCGACGAGGCUGGAUCUUACAGGAGGAACGUCUCUCCCCGAGAAUCCUCUUCUGGUGCAGCCAACGCGCGUACUGGUCCUGCUGCGAGCGACACGCUACAGAGUCCCGACAAUCAAAUCUUCCAACCUCUCCGGAACAAGCAUCGAACCCACCAAGCCGCCCGCAAGACUUCAUGAUGCUCAGCCGCAGCGGCGAAAGCGAACGCAUGCAGGAAGAAUGGCUCGACCUCGUAGCCUCGUACACACGCCGCAACCUGGCCGAGCAAGGCAAAGAAAAAGACCGCUUCAAGGCCAUCUCCGGCCUCGCAAUCCGCUACCUCUCAUCUAGCAAUCAAGACGCCGCGCAGCGCAACGAAUAUCUCGCCGGUCUCUGGCGCCAAAGCUUCGCCCGCCAUCUCUCCUGGCGAGUCGUAGGCGCAGUCAGACCAGAAGAGCAUCUCCGCUCCGUAGCACCUACCUGGUCCUGGGCUUCCCUCCCUCUCUCCACGGAAGUGAACCUCCGGCACGAGUUCCAACCCACCGAGCACUUCACCUUGCUCGAACCAAACCACAUCGCACCAGAAGACACCCCCGCCGACAUCGUCUCCAAAGGCGCCCUCAUCAAAUCCGUCCUCGUACAAGGCCGUCUGCGGAAAUUCAUCUCCCCAGACUCCAUCAUCGUUCCCUGGGACGCCGUAAUGGAAACGCACUCAGGCCGCGAAGUCUUCGGCUUGCCGAUCGAUCCAGACCAAUCUGUACACGCCAGGAGCCAAGAUGGCAGGAUUCUGGUGUAUGAGGCUCAUAAAGCUGAAGUCGUCGGUCAGCUGGACUACCUUGAGCCCGAGUGGGUUGCCGAGAAGGGAGAUGUUAGUGUGGGUUGGAAUGGCGAGAUGGAGCUUUGGUGUUUGGAGGUCGGGCAGUCGGCUAUGCUGCUUCUUGUAAGGAUUGAGGAAGAUGGGGAUCGGUAUCAGCGUGUUGGUGUGGCGAUUGGGUAUCGGAAGAACUUCUUUGAUGGGCACGAAGUGAAGGAGAUGGUGUUGGAAUGA